AUGGAAAAGGUUGACGAAUUUUUAGAAUAUAUCAAAGUAUCCAUUUUAGAUAAAAGUAUUGUAGAUACAUCACUCAUCCUUUCAGAUAGAGAUGGUUUUGUUUUAGGAAAGAUUAUUGAUAAAAGUUCAAGUGCUGAUAAUGUUAUAGAUAAUUCACUCAUUUCAACAUUCUCUUCUGCAACCGAUCAAGCCAGUAAAUUACAUGCAGGAAAUAAUAAAAGUAUUGUUAGUUUUUUUGAAGACAGAAUCAUAGUUCAUAUUAAUGUAUCAAAUGUUAUUUUAUCAAUUAUCACAGACACAGAAUCAAAUGUUGGUUUAAUUUUAGGUUCACAAGAUGAUUUAAUUCGUAGUUUAACAAGUCUUUCAAACUCUAUCCAAUCUGAUAUCCAAGAUAUGUAA